AGACACCAGAGAACACACACUGGAAAGAAAAUUUAUGAAUGUAACUUAUGUGGAAAGUCCUUCUCCUGGAAGUCAACUCUCACUGUCCAUCAGAUAACACACACAGGAAAGAAACCUUUUGAAUGUAACGUGUGUGGAAAGUAUUUCAUCCAGAAAUCAAAGCUUACUGUUCACCUGAGAACACACACAAAAGAGAAACCUUUUGAAUGUAACAUUUGUGGAAUAUCUUUCUCCUGCAAGGCAUAUCUUACUAGCCACCAGACAACACACAAAGGAGAGAAACCAUAUGAAUGUAACAUGUGUGGAAAGUCUUUCGCCAGGAUGGCAUAUAUUAAUGUCCACUGGAGAACACAUACUAGAGAGAAACCUUAUGAAUGUAACAUGUGUGGAAAGUCUUUCACUAAGAAAUCAAAGCUUACUGUCCACCAGAGAACACACACAAAAGAGAAACCUUUUCAAUGCAACAUUUGUGGAAAAUCUUUCACCUGCAAGGCAUAUCUUACUAGCCACCAGAGAAUACACACAGGAGAGAAACUUCAUGAAUGUAAUGUGUGUGGAAAGUCUUUCACCCAAAAGGGUAACCUUACUGCCCACCACAGAACACACACAGGAGAGAGACCUUAUGAAUGUAACCUGUGUGGAAAGUGUUUCAUCAAGAAAUCAAAGCUUACUUGCCACCAGAGAACACACACAGGAGAGAAACCUUAUGAAUGUAACAUGUAUGGAAAGUCUUUCACCAAGAAGUCAUACCUUACUUGCCACCAGACAACACACACAAGAGAGAAACCUUAUUAAUGUAACAUGUGUGGAAAGGCUUUCACCUGGAAGUAAAACUUCA